UGGAUGAAUACUAUAUUAUAUAGUCUUGAAUUGUAUUGGGCAGUAACUUAUUUCUUGUUCUUGUUUGUUUAUUUCACCGACACCAAGAUUUAUGUAUCCAAAUAUGUUACUUGGAGCUUCACCUACCUUCCACAUAACUCCUUACUGCAUGUUGAUCAUAAGCCAUUUGCAAGAAUUUGCCAAACCUAUAUGUUAGAAGACACCCACUUUCUAACGUGAUCAGAUUUGGAAAUUUUGACUUGGAAGUACAUGCUACGAAGGACGUGCAGUUCCAGAACAGCAAUAGAGCACCUCACCAACUCCCUCAAGCUGGAAUUUUCAAAGUUUGUUAUGCACUUGAUUGAGAUUGUGGGGACACAGCAAAAAGAAGUUUGACAAAAGACAUUAAACAAUAGGAAAUUUAUAUUUGGAGCGGAUUUAAAAUAAUAUUUUAAAGCUUAAUCAAGGAUAUAAUGAUAAUUAUUUAACAAUAUCUUUGAUAUUAAUGAUUGGAGAGUUCACUAUAAAUAGGGCUAGCAUCCGUGGUUACCAUGCAAACACAAAAGAAGUGAUUCUGAGGAUGGGAAAACGAGGGCAACCGGGACUCUUGUCUCAAAUGAUUUUCGCUCUGGCAUUUUGCUUGGUAGCCACUAGCGUGGCUGCUUAUGAGCCUUACUACUACAAAUCAUCACCUCCACCAUUAAAAUCUUCACCUCCUUCAUAUCACUACUUGUCUCCUCCCCCUCCAAAAAUGUCUCCUCCCCCUCCUUAUAUCUAUAAAUCUCCACCUCUACCAUCUUCCUCCCCGCCACCUCCAUACCACUACUCUUCACCUCCCCCGCCAAAGAAGUCUCCCCCACCUCCAUACGUAUACAAGUCUCCACCUCCACCAUCUCCCUCCCCGCCACCUCCGUACCACUACUCUUCACCUCCCCCGCCAAAGAAGUCUCCCCCACUCCCGUACGUAUAUAAGUCUCCGCCUCCACCAUCUCCCUCCCCGCCACCUCCGUACCACUACUCUUCACCUCCACCUCCACCUCUAAAGAAGUCUCCCCCACCCCCGUAUGUAUACAAGUCUCCGCCUCCACCAUCUCCCUCCCCGCCACCUCCGUACCACUACUCUUCACCUCCACCUCCACCUCUAAAGAAGUCUCCCCCACCCCCGUAUGUAUACAAGUCUCCGCCUCCACCAUCUCCCUCCCCGCCACCUCCGUACCACUACUCUUCACCUCCCCCGCCGAAGAAAUCUCCUCCUCCUCCAUACGUAUAUAAGUCUCCACCUCCACCAUCUCCCUCCCUGCCACCUCCAUACCACUACUCUUCACCUCCCCCGCCAAAGAAAUCUCCCCCUCCUUCAUACAUCUACAAGUCUCCACCUCCACCAUCUCCCUCCCCGCCACCUCCAUACCACUACUCUUCACCUUCACCUCCAAAGAAGUCUCCCCCUCCUCCAUACAUCUACAAGUCUCCACCUCCACCAUCUCCCUCACCUCCCCCUCCCUACUAUUAUAAGUCUCCACCACCUCCAACUCAUUCCCCACCUCCUCCAUACUAUUAAGCUUCAAUUGAAUCAACUUGAGAUACAUAUACACGCAACAAUAACGUACUUUUCUCUAUAUCAUUUACAAACAAAUUUUCAAAAUGAAGACAAGGAUCUUGAAUGAAUGUAAUUUUUUUUUUUGUACAAUAAGGAUCUUGAUAGAGUGAAGGUCCAUGGUAAAAUCAUUGUUUUUGUUUCAUCUUGUUACAAUGUAAUGUAAUUGUAAUGGUAGUAAUUACAAUUCCAAAGAGAAUUAUAUAUUUGUUAUGUCUUUAUGAGUUCA